AUGGAUACCAAGGGGGAGAGCUUUCCUAAACAAAGGCAAGUCUUGAUUCUUUAUUUCUUGCUGGGAGAGGCUCUGGCAGGUUGGGAAUCCCGUCGCUAUUCCGUGAUGGAAGAAACAGAGAGCAGCUUCUUUGUGGCCAACCUGGCCAAAGAUCUGGGGCUAGAAGUGGAGGAGCUAGCUGCACGGGAAGCCCGGGUGGUCUCUGAGGAAAACCAACUCGCCUUGCUGCUUGAUCUGCAGACUGGUGAGUUGAUAUUAAAUGAGGAACUGGACAGGGAGGAACUGUGUGGCCCCACCGAUCCUUGCAUAAUGCAUUUCCAAGUGUUACUAAAAAAACCAAUGGGGGUAUUUCGAGCUGAACUACUUGUAAGAGACAUAAACGAUCAUUCUCCUGAGUUUCCUGAAAGAGACAUGACACUGAGAAUCUUGGAGAACAGCCCUCCUGGCACUGUGUUUUCUUUGAAAAAAGCCCAAGACUUGGACGUGGGCAAUAACAACAUUCAAAAUUACAAUAUCAGUCCCAAUUCUCAUUUCCAUAUUUUUACCCGCAAUCGGGGGGAUGGCAGAAAAUACCCAGAGCUAGUCCUGGACAAAGAACUGGAUCGAGAGGAGCAGGCAGAAUUCAGAUUAACCCUCACAGCUCUGGAUGGCGGCUCUCCACCUAGAUCUGGUACGGCGCAGGUCCACAUCUCGAUCUUGGAUGUCAAUGACAAUGCUCCUGAGUUUGCACAAGUGCUCUACCAGGUGCGAGUCCCAGAGAACAGCCCUGUGGGGGCGCUGGUUGUCAAGGUCUCUGCUAGUGAUUUAGACAUUGGGACAAAUGGAGAGAUAUCCUACUCCCUUUUUUAUAGUUCACAGGAGUUAAGCACAACUUUUGAGCUAAACAGUCUUUCAGGAGAAGUUCGACUUAUUAAACAACUAGAUUUUGAGACAAUGACCUCUUAUGAACUGGAUAUAGAGGCAUCGGAUGGUGGGGGACUUUCUGGAAAAUGUUCUGUCUCCAUUGAGGUAAUAGAUAUUAAUGACAACUUUCCAGAAAUAACUGUUUCAUCACUUACCAGUCCUAUUCCUGAAAACUCCCCUGAGACCGAAGUGGCCUUGUUUAGGAUUCGGGACCGCGACUCAGGGGACAACGGGAGGAUGAUUUGCUUCAUAGAGGAUCAUCUCCCUUUCUUUUUGAAACCAUCUCAAGAGAAUUUCUACACCCUAGUAACAAAUGGGGCGCUAGACAGAGAAAGCCAGUCCCAGUACAACAUCACGAUCACCGCCUCGGACAUGGGCACCCCCAGGCUGCAGACCCAGCACAACAUCACAGUGCUGGUGUCCGACGUCAACGACAACGCCCCCGCCUUCAGCCAAAACGCCUACACGCUGCUGGUGCGCGAGAACAACAGCCCCGCCCUGCACAUCGGCAGCGUCAGCGCCACCGACGCCGACGCGGGCACCAACGCCCAGCUCACCUACUCGCUGCUGCCCGCCCCGGGCCCCGCCGGCCGCGCGCUGCCCGCGCCCGCCGCGCUCGUGUCCAUCAACGCCGACAACGGCCAGCUGUUCGCGCUGCGCUCACUCGACUUCGAGGCGCUGCGGGCCUUCGAGUUCCUGGUGGGCGCCACCGACCGAGGCGCGCCCGCGCUGAGCGGCCAGGCGCGGGUGCGCGUCGUGGUGCUGGACGACAACGACAACGCGCCCUUCGUGCUGUACCCGCUGCAGAACGCGUCGGCGCCCUGCACCGAGCUGGUGCCCCGCGCGGCCGACGCGGGCUACCUGGUCACCAAGGUGGUGGCGGUGGACGGCGACUCGGGCCAGAACGCCUGGCUGUCGUUCCAGCUGCUCAGGGCCACGGAGCCCGGGCUGUUCGGCGUGUGGGCGCACAACGGCGAGGUGCGCACCGCCCGGCCGCUGGGCGAGCGCGACGCGCCCAGGCACCGGCUGGUCGUGCUGGUCCGCGACAAUGGCGAGCCGCCGCUGUCGGCCAGCGUCACGCUGCACGUGCUGCUGGUGGACGGCUUCUCGCAGCCCUACCUGCCGCUGCCCGACGCGGCGGCGCCCGACGCGCAGGCCGACCGGCUCACCGUCUACCUGGUGGUGGCGCUGGCCGCCGUGUCGUCGCUCUUCCUCCUGUCUGCGCUGGCCUUCGUGGCGGCGCGUGUGUGCGCGAGGAGCGGGGCGGCGGCGCGGGGAGGCUCGCCGGGGCCCGAGGGCCACUUCCCUGGCCACCUGGUGGACGUCAGCGGCGCCGGGACGCUGUCCCACAGCUACCAGUAUGAGGUGUGUCUUUCGGGGGACGCUGGGACAAAUGAGUUCAAGUUCUUAAAGCCUGUUUUCCCCAAUAUUGUUAGUGAAGACUCAGAAAGAAAUGAGGAAAUUGUGAUUGGAUACUGGAGGAAAGGGAAUCCUUAUUAUACAAUGAUAUAA